AUCUGUUCCAAGGCCAUCCUCGUGUGCACGCCACAAUACAGUUCGAGGUGGCUGGGUUGCCGCUGGCGGAGGCACAUCAUCGUGCAGCACAAACCAGGCACGCUCGAAACGGCUCACCUCACCGCACAUGCGCCCAUCAGCUGAUGGCCUAUGAACUUCCCUCGCUCCACCUCCGCCGCCACCGCCCUUCUCCUGCGCGACAGCAGCAGCAGCAGCACUUCCAGCAGCAGCAGUAGUAGCAAUAGCACUACCAGCAUGUCUGCCGCACCAUAUCCCGACUACCGCGGCGAUCCACAACCCACAGACGACGUUCGUGGUCGCCGAGCUGCGCCCCUCGACGCAGAUCCACCCGCACACAUCCCUUUGCCUCCACUUGGCGCCACCCUCAAACCUGCUCUCAAGAGAGAAGGCUCGCGCAGUCGACUGAACCCCGACGAACGCCCUCAGUUCCCCGACGAGGCUUCUUAUCUGGGCGGUCGCGCUCCCGAUCUCGAGGCUAAGAACCGACCCCGCGACAAGCAGUUUCGCGAUCUGCGCGACGGCUACGAGUCCGACGAGGGCGAGCAUCACAAGAGCUCCAAGUACACUCCACGCAACAAGAUGCCGCGCUCCAACGACGAUUCGGCAUAUGAUGACCGCCCACGGCGUUCCAAGAGAAACGACUACCCUCCGCCCGACAGCGCUAUCUCAGGCACCACGCGCGGCGGCUACGAUGAAGGUCCGCCGCGGCGAAGACGAGAUCGCGAUGAGCGUCCACCCUACGACGACGACUACCCUCCACGCAGGCGAGGCGAUCGGCCACCUCCCGUAGAAUACGGAGCCGACCCUAUUCCAUCUCGUCAAAAGAGUGAGCGACGUCCUCGGCCACGUCGUGAAUACGAUGAUUAUUCGGACGAAGACGACUACCGCCCACGUCGUCGCCGGGGACGAAGUGCCGAUGGAUACGGUGGACGUCCUCCGCGCGACUAUGACGACGACCCAUAUCAUUCAGACCGGCCCCCUCGCAGACGCCGCGACGACGAUUACAAUGACCGUGCACCGGCACGGCGCCGUGACGGCAGCAGGAGGAGGCGAGACGAUUACGACGACUACGACAGGUACAGCGACAGAUCACGAGACAGGCGAGGCGGUCGUGAUGGCCGGGACAAGCCACCGCCCAGUAUCAAGAUUGGCAAGUACGACAUUGGACCAUGGGUGGAGAAAGGAAAAGAGCACUGGACGACGAUUGCGCCAAUCCUGACUCCCAUUGUUUUGGCGCAAAUCCGUAAGAUGGGCAGUGGUGGUGGCAGUGGUGGCGGACGACGUUAGGAACGUCUUCUGGAGGACUACUACAUGGACUACUACCGGAAUUCGAGGCGAUAAGCCCGGGGAUGGUUUGGACGAGGCAUGGGUGGAGGAUGGGAAUUUGGCAUUUUCUGAGAAGAACCGUGGCACAUAGGCACACCUAGGCGUUCGGUUUGCAUGAUGAGACGAUACUAUCAUGGAUCCUCGCGGAAGUAUGGAGACCUACGAGAACUAGCACCACGUCGCCGCUCAUUGCAGUAGCGAGAUAAGGGCGACCGGACGGCGUUGAAUGGUUGACUCCAUAUAACGAGCAAUGACACAAUUUUAGCACAUCUUUGCCGCGACCAAAGCAAGAUUCUAGGCGGUGGCCAUUCGCAGGACACGUUCGUGAAGCACAUGGGGCGGAGAACUGCUGACGGCCAUACAGUAUCUCACGGGCAGCGCGGGGAGCAAACGCGUGUACGACACGACGCGGCGGCGUCUCGUGCGGGAGCGGAAGCCUGC